AAGAAUCCAAAGAAUGAAAGCCAUGGUCCAGUACUUAUUGUUAUGCGUCUAUCUUUUAUUUUCUCUACUCAGAAGGAAGAAUAGACUAUGAAAUCACAGACGGUCUUACAAAGUUCAGAGUGAAAGGAUAUCAAGAUUUAGAAAGACAAGCAUCAUUCAUUCAUUCACAACUUACGGAAACCACUCAAGAUUGGCAUAUUAUUUCUGGUUUUUGCAGAAGUGAUUUGGUUAGAUUAAGUGAGCUAUUGGAAAGAAAAGGAACUUGCAGCAGUCCAGUAAAACCAGCAGCUAGAAAUAGCAUGAGAAUAGGGGAGUUGUUUGACAUAAUCACUUGUGUUUGGCCGUAGCAUAUAAUUGAUUGAAUAUUCUAUUGAUUGCUAUUUGAUGUAUCUGUGCAGUAUCAGUUUGAAGCAAUUCAUGUCGAGCAAAUAGGAUUCUUUUAUUGCAUUAAUUGUCCAAGCCGAGAGAAAGGGAGGAUUCUUUAUCUUGUAUUUGUUUUCUCUUGCAAUUUGUUAGAUAAGGAACACUGACCCAUACUGUGUUGUGCUCAUCUGUGAUUGUAGGACAUUGAUCAAGAAAUCCCAAAGAGAAUUGAUUCUAGAAGCUAGAAAGGACUGGAAACUGUCAGCAGCAACAAAGUUCAGCACGUGAAUUUUUCCUGCAAAGUGGACCAGAACCGUAGCAGUCACUGGAGGCACUGAUGAAGAGAGUAACUAAUCUUUAUAGACUCAUGAAAGGGUGGAGGAAGAUCAAGAACAACAUUGGAAAAACUUAUGGAAAGGAAAAUUUCACAGAAAAGCAACCCUUUGAGCGCAUUGAAGUUACACGCGAUCAGGCACUGGAGAUGUUUUCUGAUAAUAAGUUUAAGGAAUACUUGCAUCGGCUGGAGGAGGCUAAAAAGUAUAAUCACCGGAUUUUGGGUGUGAAGCAAGAGCUUAUUCUUCAUCAUGAAUGGAGCCCAGGAAGCUGGUUUUUUCUUCCACAUGGUGCUCGUGUCUACAACAAACUCAUGGACUUCAUUAGAAAUCAGUAUAGAGACAGGGGUUAUCAAGAGGUCAAAUCUCCAAAUGUAUUUAACAUGGAUCUGUGGGUGCAAUCUGGUCAUGCUGCAAAUUAUAGAGAGGAUAUGUUUAUUUUAGAGAUUGACAAACAAGAGUUUGGGUUGAAACCGAUGAAUUGCCCAGGAUACUGUCUGAUGUUUAAACACAGGGUUCGAUCAUACAGAGAACUUCCUCUCCGUUUUGCUGACUUUGGAGAUUUCAGGUCCCUUCGUCUUUCGUUUGCCACCAUCUCCAUUGCUGCGUUCCUUUCGUUUUAUCUCAAGCAGGGGAAGGCGAUCAUUGAGAAGUUGGAAUGGCUUCCGGAAUCCCAAAGGUAAGAUAAAGUUUCU